AGUUACGGAAAUAACAUUUAUUUCCAAAUAUUUGAACAAUUUUCGAAAAAAAAAAAAAAAUUAAAGUGCAUUUUAAGCAUUUGUUUUGGUCUCGACGAAAUAGUGCCAAAGUGUAAUGUGUGUGUGUCGAUGUGUAUAUGUACAUAGCUAACAUUUAAAUUAUGAGUGUUUAAAAAUAUAAAACAACUGAUGCAAUAAAUUAAAAUUGAAACCAUUCACAUUUUAAAUUCGAGAAAAUAGAAAUUAUAAAUUGGAAUAUAAAAUGCUAUCACACGGGCAAUCAAGAAUCGAAUGGGUCGAAAUUAUCGAACCUCGUACAAGAGAACACAUGUAUGCCAAUCUUACGACGGGCGAAUGUGUAUGGGAUCCGCCAGAGGGUGUCAAUAUUAAACGAACCGACGAUUCACAAUGGUGGGAGCUAUUCGAUAAAAAUACGAAACGAUUUUAUUACUACAAUGUUGCUUCACAAACAACGGCCUGGCAUCGUCCAACGAAUUGUGACAUAAUACCAUUGGCCAAACUACAAACGCUCAAACAAAACACAGAUCCAAAUGAUGCACGAGAUGAUUAUCCAAGUUCGUCGAAUUCUAAAUACGGUUUAGAACGGCAUGGCUACGAUGAUACAAAUCGGCACGGUUCAUCAAGCAAUACAUCAAAUAUCUUUCCACCACCGAGCGCACCUGAAUCUCGAAGUGCCGAUAUCUUAUCGCACAUAUCGGAACGACACAAUAGCUAUAGUCGCCUCUCUCCUGGAGACUCUGCUUCCACUGGCAAAAACAAAUCACAUCGCUACUGUCGACACACUCAAGGCUCAACUCCAUCGCAUGGCGGAAAGCUAGACUCUGGUAAGUCAAGUGAUUCUAGUUUGUCGAGUAGCUAUAGACAUGGCCAUGACAGCGGUAGCUUACGCGUAGAUCAACGAUCAAAACAUUUAGCAGACAAUACUUAUCGAAAAAUGCAAGAAAGUUCCAGUUCGCACAGUAUUCCUCAUGUGGCAUUAUCAUCAGAUUCGAAAGCACCAUCCAUAUCCUACUCAACGUCACAAACCACUGAUAUUAGCAGUGCACAGUCAUCGAGUACCCCACAAUUUAAAAAGAAGUUACUAUCUGAAAGUGGCAGCCAUAUUGCGAAACAUCAAAGUUUUGAUUAUGCCAAAAAUUCUCCUAUGGUAUCGUUAGUACGAUCGGGUAGUUUUAUGUCAACGCCAAAACAAACAAAUGUUGUUAAAAAAGGUAGCAUCGAUGGUAAUGGUGGUGGGGCAAGUGAUGAUUCCAUGCAUGAAAAAUAUUUCAAGUCAGUUGAAAAUACACCAGUGUCAAAACGACGCAAUCAGUCUUUGUCAGCGUGUACCAAUCAAAAGCAUUCAAGUGAUUCCAGUCCUCAUAGUCCAAUGAGUCCAAAGAAAAAUACACUACGAACAACAAGACCCACUGCUCUAACUGCUACAGCUGAACCAUUUCACCUAUUCAAAUCUAGUCAAGAUAAUAACAGUUUAGAGAAAAGUUCCAAACAUGAACGAUUACCAUCCGAUGUUAGGUAUUUGGAGAAGAUGCGUAAAGAAAUGCCAAAUAAAACGUCACCUUCAAAUGAAGCCAUUGAUCAUAGUACAUCCGCUGUGUCAAUAAGUAAAAUCAAUAAUUUAUUUAAACCAUCGUCGUCAACAUCAACUAAUAAAAGCAGUACAUCUAGUCAUUACAACACAAAUUCAAUUGGCAAAAGUUCAACUGGCAAAGAGAAAUCAAAUUCUCACACUCAAUACAUGGAUCGAUACAAUUCAUUGUCCGAAAAACAGGAUCGAAAAACUUCAUCGAAAAAAACGAAAAAACACCAGUCCUCAAAUAGUGAUGUCGAUUAUGUUGAAUACGACAAUGACAAUAUGUCACCAUUGUACAGCAAUUGGGAUCAAGAAACUCAUGAACACUUGCUACCAUUGCAACAUUAUAUUAUCGAACAAGCAAAAUUAUCGGGCAGCUAUCACAUGGGCGAUACGCUCGAUUCCGAUUCAUUACACUCAGACAGCCAGUCAGAACAUUCGUUUUCUGGUCAUGAGCCAGAUAAUGAAGAUUCAGAUCAUUCGGACAGUCAAGGUGACUACUUGGCACAUCACUAUAGCACAACUAUGGAUGAUUACGGUGAAGUUUACUAUAAUGUUCACAUUGGAUAUGAGCGAAACCAAAAACAGGACAAUAUAUCGGAAGAAGUUGAACAUCGAUUAGAACGUGAAUGCGGACAAAUUUACAGUCCGAUCAAAAAUCAUCCAUUUUUUCAACAGCAACAACCGCAACCACAGCCCCAAAGCCAAUCGUACAAUUCGCAUCAGAGUCAUCAAAGUCAACAACAGCAGCAGCAGCUUCAACCAAAAUCCCAAACACACCAAACCCAAUCAAAAACCGGCACUAGCCAGUCAUUACAAUCGAAAAAAGAUCCAAAAGAUGUUAAAAACUAUCAAAAAAUUCAACAACAAUUCUCGCAGCCAUAUGCUAAUCUACCAAAUAUUCCAAAAGCAGUUCAAAGUAAAUUACCACCAACACUUCCAAUUAUGAAGGAAUGCAAUAUUGAAAAGUUUGCACAGGAUAACUUAAAUCUACACUCAAAGGGCAUAUUUCGAAAAAAAUCAUCGAUACGUGACAUGCUAUCGUGGACACCAGACUCGAUAAGUCGCCCAAUGUUAGCAGUGGCAUUGUCCAGAGACAAAGCGACAAAGAAAAUGGCAACGGAAAUGUUCAAAUUGAUACAAAUUUAUAUGGGUGAUCGGAAGGCACGUGAUGGAAUGAGUUUAAAUUCGGUUGCCAUGGAUAUUAUAACAACAGCUUUGGCACAACCACCGUUACGCGACGAACUGUAUAUUCAAUUGUGUCGACAAACAACUGAAAAUCAUAUUCGUGGUUCACUGAUCAGAGGUUGGGAAUUACUUGCAAUUUGCUUGUCAUUUUUACCACCAUCACCUACUUUUCAACCAGCUCUUCUAAAUUAUAUGAAUCGUCAUCGAGAUCCAACAUUUGCAACAACAUUUCCGGAAGUUGGUAAAUGGCCAAUACAUGUACAAGUAUCACAUUAUGCAACUGUGGCCUGUCGACGACUUGAGCGAAUCGGCAGCAAUGGUAAAAAACAGGCCAAAAAACCAACUGAGGAUGAAAUUGAACAAUCUAGAGAGCAAAUCAUUCGUAAAAGCAUGUUUGGUAAUACAUUGGACGAAGUGAUGGAAUUGCAAAAAGAUCGCUUUCCAUAUCGUAAAUUGCCGUGGAUUCAAGUAACACUCUCACAACAAGUUUUACUGUUGAAUGGAACUCAAACGGAAGGCAUAUUCCGUGUGUCAGCUGAUGUCGAUGAGGUUGCCUAUUGGAAGGCUCGCCUGGAUCGAUGGGAUGUCCCAGAACACAAGAGUACAAUGGAUGCACACGCACCGGCAAGUCUAUUAAAACUAUGGUAUCGCGAAUUAUACGAUCCAUUGAUACCAGAUGAAUUGUAUGAAGAGUGUGUAGCAACCGAAGAUCCAGAAACGGCAGCGCAAAUCGUGAAUCGAUUGCCACAACUUAAUAAACUGGUACUAACUUAUUUAGUAUACUUCUUGCAACAAUUUGCCCAGCCUGACAUAGUGGCAUCCACAAAAAUGGACUCAUCCAAUCUGGCUAUGGUGUUUGCACCAAAUUGUUUACGUUGCACAUCACAAGAUCCAAAGGUUAUAUUGGAGAAUGCUCGCAAAGAGAUGGCAUUCAUGCGCACAUUGAUCAGUCACAUGGAUACCGCAAGCGUUGCGAAUAUGGAGUGAAGAAAAAAACAAAGCAGAAGUUAUAACAAUAAUUGUAAAAUAACAAUGGCGUUGCUAAAAAAAAAUGAACAAAUUAAAAUCAUAAAUAAACAAUAA